CCCCCCCACCGUCAACCCGCCCAGAAGCACCCGAGGGGCGUCCAUCGCUCAACGUUCUCGUCUCAGUUUGGCGGAUUGAUACGGAACCGCUUGGUGUUACAAUGCGUCCAGGGGCGCGCGCUUCCCGCGCCGCCGCGCGGCCCUCUCUGAGUGUGCUGUGUCUCGUGGUUCUCCUCCACGGUGCCGGAGCUGCUGCUCCAUCGGAAGGCGGUGUUCACAGCGGAGAAAAUCAGAGGAGCAUCCUUGAUCAUGUACACAGUCAUGAGAUUACUUAUCCCACAUGGCUGCAUCCUCACAGACAAAGCAGAUCUGCCAGCAAAGAGCAUCCUGCAGAGGCUCAGGUUCUGAUCUCAGCUGAGGGCCAGGAGCUCAGACUGCACCUGGAGAGAAACGAGCAACUGUUGGCCCCUGGAUAUCAGGAAAUAUGGUACAGUGCCGAUGGAGCCCGCAGAUCCUCCUCUCCUGCCACCACUGGACACUGUUUCUACCACGGGAAGGUUCAGGGCAUGAAGGGUUCAAGUGUUGCUGUUAGCACAUGCUCAGGCCUCAGAGGACUGAUUUCCCUGAACACAAGCGUCAGCUACCUGAUCGAGCCCCUUCCCGUUUCCACGGGCGCACAGCAGCACGCUGUGUUCAGAGCCGAGAGUCUCCAUCUACCCGCAGGCAGCUGCCUGCAUCCCCGUGGCAACGAGGAGCGCGAGGAGGGGCUUAACGGCUUCAUCCGCGGAACCACGUCCCCGCGGGGCGCCAGGGGAAAAAGGGACGUGAGCCAAAAUAUGAAGUACGUGGAGCUGCUGAUAGUUGCAGACCAGGCUGAGUUUCAGAAGCAUGGGAGUGAUCUCACAAAGACCAAACUGAAACUGCUGGAGGCAGCCAACCUGGUCGACAAGUACUACAAGGCUUUGAGCAUCCGCGUGGCGCUGAUCGGCCUGGAGGUUUGGACCAGCCGGGACAUGAUCAGCGUCUCGGACAACCCUCACAGCACUCUGGCAGCGUUCCUGUCCUGGAGAGGAAAGCAGCUCCGCACGCUCCCCAACGACAACGCUCAACUCGUCACCGGGAGGAACUUCCAAGGGACCACCAUCGGGCUGGCCCCUCUCAAAGCCAUGUGCUCCGACUACCAGUCCGGGGGAGUGAACGCGGACCAUUCCGAGUUGGCUGUGGGCGUGGCUGCAACCAUGGCCCACGAGAUGGGCCACAAUUUCGGCAUGAGCCACGACACUACAGGCUGCUGCCAGGCGAAGGCCGAGGACGGAGGUUGCAUCAUGGCUGCCGCUACUGGGCAUCCAUUUCCUCGUGUUUUCAAUGGUUGCAACCUGGAGGAGCUUAAGAGCUACCUGAACUCUGGGGGAGGGAAGUGUCUCUUCAACCUGCCAAACACCAGAUCCAUGAUCGGAGGGCAGCGCUGCGGCAACGGUUACCUGGAGGAAGGAGAGGAAUGUGACUGUGGAGAAGAAGAGGAGUGCACGAGUCCCUGCUGUAACGCCAACAACUGCACUCUGAGAGCUGGAGCCGAGUGUGCCCACGGCGUCUGCUGUCACCACUGUAAGCUGAAAAGCCCAGGUGUGCUUUGCCGGGGGCCCUCGGGCUCGUGUGAUCUGCCAGAGUACUGCGACGGGAAAGCAGAGUCUUGUCCGGCUAAUUUUUAUUUGGUGGACGGUACGUCGUGCGCAGGUGGGCGGGCCUACUGUUACACCGGCAUGUGUCUGACCCUGGAGCAGCAGUGUCGCUCCCUCUGGGGACAAGAUGGGCGCUCGGCCCCUGACCUGUGUUUUAAGAAGGUAAACGAAGCCGGAGACAUGUACGGGAACUGUGGCAAAGAUGUGUUUGGGAAGUACAGGAGCUGUAAGGAAAGGGAUGCCCCGUGUGGGAAGAUCCAGUGUUUAUCCUCGGCCUCCAAGCCCAUUGAGAACAGCGCUGUGCGCAUAGAAACCACCGUCACCGUGGGCAACAAGAAGAUCCAGUGCAUGGGAACACACGUGUACAAGCCCGGACAGGAGGAGGAGGAGAAGGGUGACACUCUGGACCCAGGCCUGGUCAUGACGGGCACCAAGUGUGCACCAGACUCGCUUUGCUUCAAUGGGGAAUGCCGCAAUGCAUCUUUUCUCAGAGCUGAUGAGUGCAAUAGCAAGUGCAAUGGGCAUGGGCUGUGCAACAACAAUCACAACUGCCACUGUGACGCAGGCUGGGCUCCUCCUCUGUGUGUCCAGAAGGGUUUGGGUGGGAGUGUAGACAGUGGACCUGUCAUCAGCCACAGCAAUCUCCUUCCAGUCCUGGUGGUCCUUCCCCUGGUUCUCUUUGUGAUUUUGUCUGCUGUUGGACUGUGGUGCUGCUACAGACAUAAACUCCACCCUCGGAAAACCUCUGCUCCACCUCCACUGCCAAGUGGCUCAGUCCCGGCCAACAGCCAUGUGAGCGGUCAUGCAAACCCAAUAUUCAUGCUGAAGAAACAAGACUCAGACCACCUGGCGAAAUCCUCUCCACGUCCGAGCCCGUCUUGCUCGACUCGGUCCAAACCUGCGAUUGUGCGUCCGUCAGUGAAGCCUCCGGCGGUACCUGCGCAUGCUGCGGCGCAGGAGGACGGGACCCCACAGGCCCAGAUUCAGCCUCGAGACAGACGGUGCUCGCCUGCGGGCUACACUCCACCUUCGGCUGAUUCGGCGAGGCUCGCCACGCCGAGGCGAAACCAGGCCCCUCCCCCGCCUACAGGACGCCCACCUCUACCUUCCCUGGAGGCCAAAACCCGCCGGCAGCAGUCAGUAAUAUGCAAACCCCGACCAAACCCCCCGACCAGACCCGCGCCACCUUGUCCACUAAACAAACCGUCAGGAGAACAGCAGCGAAUGAACGGCCCGCAGGUUUCCGCCAACGCCCUGCAAAGAGGAAAAGCUGCUUUAGCGACAUCUGCUGGACAGAAAAAAACAAAUGGAACUUGAAAACAGCAAACCCUAUGAACUAUUUUCCCUAAAUUCAACGGAAAUGUGAAGUUGAUCCACGGGUUCAGUGCUGGAAAACUGCUCAGGGGGGUAUUUAUUUGCAAAGGAAAGUACCGGUUUACAAUGUUGCUUGUGUACUAGACAUGUUGUGUCUCUAAGAGCAUCAGCUGUAGAGUGAUAUCUUAUAUUAAGAAAUGAUGUCACUAUUGAAGUGCUUGUGUGAAUGAGAAUGGGAUUUUAACUGGACCAAAUGGGACCAGUCAAAGCCCUACAUGCAUGCUGGCAUACGCUAAUGAUGAGAUAUCUACUGUUUAACCGAUACGUAGCAGGACAUUUGGGGGUUUUGUCCGUUUGUUUGUCAAGGGGGUUUUAUAUUGUUGUGGUUUUGCACUUUAAGGAAUCAUUUUUGUGUCAAAUCCCACAGAAGGCGAGUAUUUAAUGAAGAUCGUGGGGGAUGCGUCACUUUCCCGCACUGUUUUUUUUUAGUUUGGCCAUUUUCCAUUAGUCAUGAAUUCCUUUAUGUACAUGCCAUCCAUUUUCAAAUAUAUUCACAUUGGUGCAAAAAAUAAAUGAGCCAUGGUUUUAUCUACAUGUGUCAGUUAAACAUCAAAAUGUCAGGAUACGUUUGGAUUAUUGUAAAUAAUUAUUAUGUUCAUACGCCUAUGUAACUAAAAACUGGGGGAGUUCCCUUGUGACCAAAAUGCUAUAAAGUUACUCCUCCCUCUUAGAAUAAAAUAUUCUAAAUGCCAUGCUGUGUUACAGUGAUAUCGUUGUAAAUACUUUGAGGUACUCAACCCCACUUGUUUUAUUUUAUAUUUUGGUCUGUCAGCUGCCAUGUGUUACCUUAUCAGAUCUAUGCAAACCGUAACAUUGUGUCCUCAACUUGGAUUCAAAUAAACACACGGAAAUAAUAAAGUAUACAUUUUAAA